CCCCAUGGACGACCCCGGCAGAAUGAUGGGCCACACCGGCGGCGGCCUGAUGCCCCCUCAGCCGUACAUGAACGCCCAGGACGCGCCCGCGGGCGGCGAGAACGAGCCCCGCAAGCAGGACAUCGGUGAGAUCCUCCAGCAGAUCAUGAACAUCACCGACCAGAGCCUCGACGAGGCCCAAGCGCGCAAACACACCCUCAACUGCCACCGCAUGAAGCCGGCCCUGUUCUCCGUGCUGUGCGAAAUCAAGGAGAAGACGGUGCUCAGCCUGCGGAACACGCAGGAGGAGGAGCCCCCCGACCCCCAGCUGAUGCGGCUCGACAACAUGCUGAUCGCCGAGGGGGUGGCGGGCCCCGAGAAGGGCGGCGGCGCGGGGGCCGCCGCCUCGGGCUCCGCCGCCGCCCAGGCCGGCCAGCCCGACAACGCCAUCGAGCACAGCGACUACAGGGCCAAACUCGCCCAAAUCCGCCAAAUCUACCACCAAGAACUGGAAAAGUACGAACAGGCGUGCAAUGAGUUCACCACACACGUUAUGAACUUGCUGCGGGAGCAGUCCCGGACUCGCCCAAUCACCCCGAAGGAAAUCGAGCGGAUGGUGCAAAUCAUACACAAGAAAUUCUCCUCGAUUCAGAUGCAGCUGAAACAGUCGACUUGCGAGGCUGUUAUGAUCCUCAGAUCGCGGUUUUUGGACGCCAGAAGGAAACGCCGGAAUUUCAGCAAGCAGGCGUCGGAAAUUCUAAACGAGUAUUUUUACUCGCAUUUGUCUAAUCCCUACCCCAGUGAGGAGGCGAAGGAAGAGUUGGCUAGGAAAUGCGGGAUCACAGUGAGCCAGGUGUCGAACUGGUUCGGGAACAAACGAAUCAGGUACAAGAAGAACAUCGGGAAGGCGCAGGAAGAGGCCAAUUUGUACGCGGCGAAGAAGGCGGCAGGGGCGUCGCCCUACAGCGGCACCCCGACCCCCAUGAUGUCCCCAGCGCCCCCGCAGGACUCCAUGGGCUACUCCAUGGGGUCGGCCUACGACCAGAGCUCAGCCUAUGACGCCAGUAGCUGUGGUUACGACCCAAUGCACGCACAGGAACUGUCGCCCUAAUCAAACCCUAGCUUAAUUUUAAGGAAAUACAGUUGUAUACUAACCCAUGUAUACCGAAUUUUGUAUCGUGUACAGUGUGUUUCUGGGUUCAAUUGCUUCAAGUUUUACUUUUCUGAUAGUAUAGGACGUACUUGCAAUAUAUUUUUAGGUUGAUUGUUUUAGGAGUUAAGGCGAGUUUUUCUUCAGUAUUUUUUGUAUAUUUACUUAUUUUUAUCGAUAAGGAGCAGCUGGGUGAGAGAACUUUGCUUUAACGCCGAGGUUUUUCCAUCGAAAAUGAAAUUACAGUGCUUACUAUUUAAAUAAAUAACUGUAGUAACA